AUGCGGGAGUGUGAUUGGUGGAUGGUUUGUCAUCCAGGUGCCUGGGGGUCAACAGCAUCUGAGGAACUUCACAGUGUGGCAGGACAGAGCCUUUCCGUGCAGUGCCCUUACAAGCCCAAGAGAGGGCCAUAUGUACCAAAAGCGUGGUGUCGGCAGACAUCUCCAAAUAGAUGUACCCUAGUGGUCACCACUUCCGAGCCUCGGAAAGCCGUUACGGAGUCCCAGGUCACAAUCUGGGAUGAUCUUGAAGCUGGCUUCUUCAGCAUCACUAUGACUCAGCUCACGGAGAAGGACUCAGCCUUCUACUGGUGUGGAACACAUAAUGCUUCCCGCAGGGAAGUGACCAUUCUUAGAAACAUCAGCCUGGUGGUGUCUCCAGCCUCACCGACUCUUCCUCCACAGAUGACCACUUGGCUCCCAACAAGCACAGCCACCAUCUUUGUGUCCUUCUUAGCUCUGAGCACUUCUCCAGAGGAGACCACUGGCUCUUCCAUCAAUGGCUCUGAGCACAGAAACCAAAGUUCUUCUUCUCCUGGUGGGAUCUCCCCGAAGCUUCUGGUCCCUGUGCAAUACGGACUCCUCCUGCUCAAAGGCCUGAUGCUGUCAGUUUUCUGUAUGGUCCUUUGCUGGAGGCGCCGUCAGGGACGUGAGUAUGUGGCAGAGGCAGUGAAGAUGGAGGUUUCAGAAUACGCCCAGGGGCCUGACGUCUCCGAGUCCUCAGGCGCACUUAGCCAUGUCUCAGGGUGUGAGAAGGAUGCUUAUUCUUAUUCUCCUAACCCUGUGCGGGGACCAGAGCCCCAACUGCUGUAUUCUACAACCUUGCUGAAGCCGGCAGACAGGCCCAAGAGAGACAACCGAUGGGCCUCCACCCCAAAUCAUUACUGCUAA